GCGGUCGCCAUUAAAAUGUAACAACCAGCAAACCACUGGAAGCGAUCAUCCUCGGUAACGCGCAACGCUGUCCGACAGGAGGAAAAUUGGUCUUUUCCUACCGCCCGCCCAUAUCUGCUGGCAGCCAGCCCGAUAGCAUCAGCUGCACACCAGGACUACGCUUCCGCUGCAAUUAGGGAUUGCUUCACCGAAAAAACACUCGACUCACGGUGACGGUGCCGGUUAGUGCAGUGCAAUUGUGAGAAUGCAUUCGAUAGAGCGGUUUAGUGGUCGGAGUGGAGCACACUUCUAGACAAGGGGUAAAAACGGAACAAAGAAGAAAAAGUGCACAAUAGUAACGGUGGAAAAUAAAAGCAUUCUGGUUGGAGAUCUGUGUGGAGAAAAGUGCUGGAAAUCGGUGCUCAUAGUGAUAGUAUAGUGGUUCGGGUGGGAGCAUAAAUAUACCAAAGUGGCGCGGAAAACUGCAACGGGAGCAACAGAGUGCCGAAACGGAGCCUAGAAAUGGGACACAUAAAUUUUGUGGAGCUAAAGCUUUUGUUGAAUGUACUGUUCGUAGCGAUACUGGUCCACGGUCAUGGCUCACAAUCUGAUUCGCAGCCGGAGUUUUUGGCUCCACUUGAUAAUCUCACGGUGACGCAGGGACGCGACGUGUCAUUCACCUGCGUGGUGAACAAUCUAGGACAAUACCGGGUGGCUUGGAUAAAAUCCGACUCGAAGGCAAUUCUGGCCAUCCACACCCACAUGGUGGCGGUGAAUCCGCGCCUGUCGGUCACGCACAACGGACACAACACCUGGAAGCUGCACAUCUCGCACGUACAGCUCAAUGACUCCGGAAGCUACAUGUGCCAAGUGAACACGGAUCCAAUGCGGCAUCAGUCCGGAAAUCUGGACGUGGUAGUCCCCCCGGACAUAUUGAACACUAACGAUCCGAACAGUGCCUCCCUGGAGGAGGGAAUCGCCAACGAGGGCGGCAACAUUCAACUCGUGUGCCAAGCGGUCGGGGUGCCUCUACCAAAUGUACAAUGGCGCCGGGAGGGUGGCAAAGAUAUCGUCGUACGGUCCGACGGACGGGAGAAACAAGUGGUGAAAUUGGUUGAAGGAGAACGGUUGGUGCUGAAUCAGGUGCAGCGAACCGACAUGGGCGGGUACCUGUGCAUCGCUUCGAACGGAGUGCCUCCUUCGGUUAGCAAGCGGUACGACGUGCAAGUAAACU